ACCAAAUAACAGAUUCUCCUUUGCUUUCCAAAAACCUAAUAUUUCAGUUCAAUCUCAUCAAACGAUAGGGCGCGUCGCGUUCCAAUUCCAAAUUCAAAAAUCUAAAACCGGUGACAAAAGACAAUCGGGAUCUUCUUUUGUUUUUUUAUUGGUUGUUCAAUGGCGUCCGACGCAAAGGUUCCAAGAAUUUAAAGUCCAAGAUUCAGAAAGUGAAACUUAAUCGAUAGUGUGACCUUAACAUUUAAAAUGGUGCAAUGUAUUGAUUGAAGUAAGGCUUUGGAAGUGGGCCAGAUCCAGUGCAUCAUCAGCGAUGGACGACCGCACGGUGGACCUCAUCUUCGGCGGCUCGCUGAAGUCGCUGCCGCCGGUCAGCUCCAAGAUCGUCAGGAUCUUCACCAGCUCCACCUUCACAGAUACGACAAUGGAGCGAAACACAUUGAUGGCGAAAUGCUACCCGCGGAUCAAGGACUACUGCCGGGAGAAGCACGGGCUGGAGUUCCAGGUGGUGGACAUGCGGUGGGGGGUGCGGGACGAGGCUACGGACGACCACAUGACCACGGAGCUCUGCAUGAGAGAGAUCAAGAACUGCCAGCGACUGUCCAUGGGACCCAACUUCGUGGUGUUCUUGGGACAGAAGUAUGGGUACAGGCCCAUCCCCACCUACGUCCUCUCGUCCGAGCUCCAGCUGCUGCGGGACGACCUGGCGGCUGUCGGAGUGGACGUCAUCCUGCUGGAUACCUGGUACAAGAAGGACUCCAACGCGGUACCCCCCGUGUCUGUGCUGCAGCCGAUAUCGUCGAUUUUGGUCAAUUUUAAUAAUAAGAGGGUACCCAAGCUCCAGGCGGAGGACCAGGCGGUGUGGUGGGACACGCUCACCAAGAUGCAGAAGCUGUUCCGGAAGGCCGCGCUCAACCUCUACAACUGCGGGAAGAUCGACAAGGAGACCAUGCACAACUACUUUAUGUCUGUAACGGAGCGCGAGGUGAUAAACGGGGUGUUAAACGUGAAGAACACCAAGAACCACUGCCUGGCGUACGUGCGGUACAUCAACAACAUCAACCUGCAGAACCUCAAGAAGGCCAGCAACUUCGUGGACAUCCUCAAUAGGAGCCUCGACGCCGAAGCCUCGAAGUUGUUGGCUGAUCUCCGGGAUGUUAGGUUGCCGGAGAAGAUUGAGACGACGAAUAUUCAGAAGUACACGGUGGAGUGGAUAGGGCGCGAGGGUCUGGACACGGAGUCGCACGGGGAGUACCUCAACCAUUUCAUCGCGCACUUCUACAAGAACAUCAUCAAGCUUGUCGACAGGGCGAUGAGAAAAGAAGACAGCAGCGCUCAAGGGCAGAUUGUAACUGAAAUUCUCCAACAUUUACACGCGUGUAACAAUUCUGUAAAGGUAUUCUACGGGCGCGCUGAAGACCUAGAUUUCAUAGAAAACUACAUGAAAAACAGUUCCGAUAAACCUCUCGUAUUGUACGGAGAAGGUGGCUGCGGCAAGACCAGCCUGCUCUCCAAGAGCGCAGCCAUGUGCCUGGAGCAGUGGUUCUCGGAGGUGAAGCCCACCAACAUCAUCCGCUUCCUCGGCACCACGCCUGAUUCAAGUGCUCUAACACCGACGCUCAUCAGUAUUUGUCAGCAGAUCUCCUACAACCUAGCUCUCCCCUUCGAGGGCAUCCCGGACGACCUGGUGCCUCUGACAGCCCACUUCAAGCAGCUCCUGGCGCUGGCGACCCAGCAGACGCCGCUGUUGUUGUUCCUGGACUCCGUGGACCAGCUCACGGGGAUUGGGACGGAGAAUAAUAAGGUGUCGUGGCUGCCGACGCGGCUGCCGCAGUAUUGUAAGAUCAUAGUAACGUGUGCUCGCGAGGAGACAAACCCGGAAGUGUCCAAGGAGUACGAGGUGCUGCGCCGCAUGAUCGACUCCGAGGAGAACUUCCUGGAGGUGACGGCCCUGGGGGAGGACCUGGCCAUGCAGGUGUUGAAGUUGUGGAUGGCAUCAGCAGCCCGAGACUUGUCCAACUACCAGUGGAGACUGGUGUCCAACGCCAUCGCUUCCUGUUCUUUGCCAAUCUUCGUGAAAUUGGUAUUUGCUGAGGUCUGUCGUUGGAGAAGUUACACGAAGCCGCAAGAUACUCACCUCGCCUCCACCGUCAUGGAUUCCAUCAUGAUGCUGUUUGAACGGAUUGAAAAGCAGCACGGUCGUCUGCUAGUCUUCCACGCGCUGGCCUACAUCACGGCAGCCAGGAGCGGGCUCUCAGAGACGGAGCUCGAGGACCUCAUCUCUCUGGACGACAAGGUGUUGGACGACGUGUACCAGUACCACUUGCCGCCGGUCAGGAGGAUCCCGCCGCUGUUGUGGACACGUAUCCGCAACGACCUGCCCAACUACCUGUCGGAGCGCGAGGCUGACGGCGUCUCCGUCAUGAACUGGUACCACCGCCAGUUCCGAGACACGGCCAGAGAGAGGUACUUCAAGAACAUGAACAUGGCCAUGUACUUCCACUCCAUGAUCGCGGAUUACUAUCUUGGUAUCUGGGGCGGCGGCAACCCGAAGCCCUUCAAGUACACGGAGAUCCAGCGGCACCGGUUCAACCUGGCCGACAAGGAGGGCGUGGCCGACCGGAAGGUGCCGCUGCAGCCUCUCGUGUUCACGUCCGCUGAUGGAGCCAACAAGAGAUAUAACUUGAGGAAGUUCGGCGAGCUCCCCUUCCACCUGGUCCGCUCGAAGCGCUUCCCGGACCUGUACGCCGAGGUGCUGUUCAACUACGACUGGUUGCACGCCAAGCUCAACUCCUGCCCGCUGCAGGCCGUGCUCGCAGACUUCGAGGACGCCAAGCUGCAUGUCAAUAAGGAUGCUGUCAGAGAAAUAAUGCUAGUAGCGGACGGCCUCCGCCUGGGAGGGGCGAUCCUGGGCACGUACCCCGACAUGCUGGCGCCGCAGCUCAUCGGCCGACUGCUGCCUGAAGCCAGCCAGAACGCCGGAGUCUCCUCACUGCUGCGCCAGUGCGUGGACAGAGGCAAGGCUCACUGCGCGCUGCUGCCGGCUCAUCACUGUCUGCAUACUCCUGGAGGGCCGUUGAAGUACUCGCUAGAAGGCCACCAGUUCGCCGUGUUCGGCAUCCGUCUCAGCUCCGACAAGCGCUUCGUGGUCUCCAUCUCGAGCCGCGUCAUCUCCUGGGACUUAUCCACGUCAGACCUGGCGCGGGACCUGUGCCCCCAGCUCGAGGGCAUCAUGCAGAACCUGGAGCUCUCUCCGGAUAAUAAAUGGGCGGCAGCGUCAACUAACAAUUCUGUUAGUAUGCUUCUGAAUAUGCUGACCAGUGAAUACAUCACCAUCAACAAUCCUUUGGAUGAGGGAGAGACAGUACGCGGCGUUUACGUGCUCAACCACAACCUGGUGAUCUACGGGCCCGGCGGCUGGCACCAGUACAGCAUGAGGGGCGAGCCGCAGGCGCAGCACCCCGCGCCCCCCACCGCGCCGUAUGAUGAGGAGCACUGGGAGAUACUAUCCAUGGAAUUUCGCGACCUGGACAACCUGAUGCUGGUGAUGUGGAGCGGCGACCUGGACGACGACCGGCUGCUGCUGCACCACUACAGGGGAGACUCCUGGAUGAAGCCGCUCCGGGGACGGGGAGCCGUGGCCUUCAACAAGCACUGGAGCAAGGUGUACACUAGUGAUCCUAGUCGGGGUUACCAGAUAACCAUUUACUAUUUGGACGAAGAUGAUAAAUGCUGGAAGAAAGAAACUGAACUGGAACAUCAGGAAACUGAUACGGCUGAAGCGAUGCUACAGCUCAAACGAGGGAAGAGAGAUCGGAUGCUUUUAGCGACAACAACAUACAGCUUUGUUGUUUGGGACUUUGAUAACACCAUCGCACGGGGAAAUCAUGGGCCCGAGAAAAACGAAGACGAUGAAGAAGCCAAAAAAGAAGAAAUUGAGGAAGUAAGUGAGGAUUUAGAUAAUUUGCCGGAAAAGGAUCAAGGCUUAGUCGGUAUUGUCCUGAAAUUGCCUCAUACUAUUCGAAAUAUAUCAACAAAGAUGACCCUGUCCAACUCGUUCAUGAUCAGCAAGAACAACACUUAUGCUGUGGCUGGUGUAAGAAAAAGCCUCUAUGUUUGGAGCUUAGAAAAUACUCAACUGAUCAAAGUACUUGACGCGCACUUCGGAAGGAUAGUUCAGCUGGAACCUCUCACUGUCGGUUCCUGGAACAAUGUCAUCACCUCCUCCAUCGACAGAACUGUUAAGAUCUGGAACAUCGAUAAUAUCUUCGAGCAAGUUCAUAAGAUUGACAGGCAGGAGCUACCCAUUGAUACGAUCAGUUUGGCCCGUGACAAACGCUUAGCAGUAACAGUGACCAGAAGUUGCUGGGGUCUCUGGGACACCAGCAACGGUACACUACUUGGACAACUAGCAGAAGCACCUCUAGGUGCCAUCGUGACCCAUGCGAAGAUCACCCCCAGUGGUGACAACGUUGUUACAGCUGAGUCAGGGAAUGUCAUCAUUUGGGAUUUGACUGAACAAAAGCCAAUAUUCAAAGAAGAACAGAAAGGAAUAAAGCAAAUUAUUCUUUUGGAAGAUGGAACAAAGUUUGUAACAAUUUCUAUGGAAAUUAUUUCUGAAAAUGUUGAAAAUGUUACGAUGGCGAAAAUGGUUGCGAGGACAAUUCCUGAUGGAGACAGGAUUUACUCAUUAGACUAUGAAGUAAGAGGAACAGGGUACAGGUCAGCGGUCCCAUCGGCUGAUGAGCAUCACUUGGUGGCUCCAGGAGUUGACAAGAGCUCAAGAGACUGCUUACAUGUCUUCCAUGCAAGGACGGGCACACGAUUGCACAGGAUCCCGAUAAAGAACAGUGGGAUAAAAGAUAUGCAGUCAAUAGUGGCUUUGCCCCAUAAACCUCACUGGGUUGCUGUUGUGGGCAAUGAUAAAGCUGGAAUUUUGGAUAUCAAAACCAAACGGCAUGUGAGGUUCGUUCCUCGCUGGAAUGGUUCUUGCACUCGUGAUGGCAAAAUUGGCCUCUGCGCUCCGACCCGCGGAGGCCUAGACCUCAUCGAGCUGAAGCGAGGCACCACAGUCCAGCCGCUCAUCUCACGAGCUGCUGAAGGAGUCUUCUCCAUCAUCACCAUGUUCAGCUCCUCUGAUAACUACGUGUUCUACUAUCAUAGUGGACGGAAGACUUUAAGAGUGUUUAGAACAAUAGACGGUAAAGCAAUAGCAGAAUACCGAGCUCCUACAGAAGUAACAGCUGUAGAAAGCGCGCAUGGUGGCAGAUCAGUCGCUAUUGCUGGACAAGAUGGCUGCCUGACCGUGUUAGACAUUGUGGACCCUCACGAAUAGCUAGAGAAGCAAGCUGUGGGGAAACAGCAGAAGGUCAAGUUUAAAGAUGUAGGUGAAACAAAAUGAGGAUGGAGGAUGAUCGCUGGAAAGUUACGAAAGAGUUUUUGGUGCUGAGUUUGUAUGGUAGGAUGGUAGCGAUGGAUUUGGUGUGUCUUUUACAAUUGAACACUAGAUUUUUUCUCUUGCAGUUUAUUUAGCAAUCUAAUUGGAUAUUUUAAUCAAAGUAUUUCAGUAACUAAAAAAGUAGAUGAAAUAUUUCUUCGAUCAAAUAAUAAGCUAAAUACUAGUUAUAAGUGCAAGAUGAAAUCAUUUCCAUUACACUUAGUUUAGUUAGUUUACGUAGAUGAUGAAAGUAUUAUAAUUGGUAUUAUGAUAAAUAACUAUACCUCAAACGAUACAAAAAAUAUAAAAAUCGAA